CCAGCGGGCACACCUCUCUAGGCCUUUGCUCAGGCUCCUGGAGUUCCUCACCCCUGUCUGUCUGUCGUCUGUGCCAUCCCAUUGUGGGAAGUGGAUGCUUCACUUCCACCAUGCUUUUCCUGACUCCAGUCUUGAUAGCAGUUGUCUGCAUUUUGGUUGUGUGGAUCUUUAAAAGCGCUGAUGGAAGCUUUGAGAAAAAGAAGGCGGAGCCCAGAGUCAGGAAGGUGUCUCGUCCCUGGGUGGAUGAAGACUUAAGAGAUUGCACAGACCUCUACCAGGCAGAAGAAGAUGCUGAGGAGUGCCAGGAGCCUGAAGAAGAGAUUGACCACAUCCCAUUCUCCCACACUCGGUACCCCGAGAAGGAGAUGGUUAAGAGAUCCCAGGAGUUUUAUGCACUUCUCAACCAGAGACGAUCUGUGAGGUUCAUAAGUAAUGAACAAGUCCCGAUGGAAGUCAUCGAUAACGUCAUCAAAACUGCAGGAACAGCCCCAAGUGGAGCCCACACAGAGCCCUGGACCUUUGUGGUUGUGAAGGACUCAGACAUGAAGCACAAGAUUCGGGAGAUCAUUGAGGAAGAAGAGGAGGUCAACUACAUGAAAAGGAUGGGACAGCGCUGGGUAUCAGACGUGAAGAAGCUGAGAACCACUUGGAUUAAAGAGUACCUGGACACAGCUCCUGUUCUCAUUCUCAUUUUCAAACAAGUCCAUGGCUUUGCCACCAAUGGCAAGAAAAAGGUCCACUAUUACAACGAGAUCAGCGUCUCCAUCUCUUGUGGGAUCCUUCUGGCUGCCUUACAGAAUGCAGGCCUGGUAACGGUCACCACCACCCCUCUCAACUGUGGCCCCCGCCUGAGGAUGCUCCUGGCCCGGCCCCACAAUGAAAAACUGCUGAUGCUGCUCCCUGUGGGGUAUCCCAGCAAAGAGGCUACCAUCCCGGACCUGAAACGGAAGCCCCUGGACCAGAUCAUGGUGACCGUGUAGUCAGGCGAGCAGCAGGAAGAUGCGGGAAGGUGUUGCUUCUCCUACCUGCCCCCGUUGCCCUUGAGUCUAUUGGAUGCUCCUUCUUGGGAUGACAGAUUGCCCCAAACUACACUUUACAGGGUGGCCUUGGUGUGUGUGUGUGUGUGUGUGUGUGUGUGUGUGUGUGUGUGUGUGUGUGUGUGUGUGUGUGUGUAAGAACCUUUACACCCCCCCCCCCCCCAGCAUUUUGAGUGUGAGAAGUCUUGUUUCCAUGAGUUAAGGGAUUAACACUUUCUCUUUGGAAAUAAUUAAAAAUUGAAUAAGAACA